AUGGCAUCUGACAGUUUCCAGUACCGGGCGCUCUUUGAGUACAAACGAGAGCGCGGGGAUGACAUCAGCCUCCAGCCAGGCGACCUGCUUACCGUCCCCAAGGCCUCGCUGAUGGCAGUGGCGGGGCUGGACUACCAGGAUGGAGACGAGCGGAGCCCCAAAGGCUGGCUGCACGGCACCAACGAGCGGACCAAGGAGAAGGGAGACUUUCCAGGGACUUUUGUGGAGUACGUCGGGGUGGUGAGGGUCAGCCCUCCUGCGACUAAAUCUUGGACUAGGCCUGUACCGCCAACCCCAGGUGGGGCUCAGACCGCUGUGGGGGCUUCUGGAGCUGCUGCUGCUUCAGGUGUGGAGGCGGAGCUUUUGUCUGAAGCGGCCCCCGUGGUUGUUUGGAGACUCAUUGAGGCCAUCGAGAAACACGGUUUCAACAACGAGUCUCUCUAUCGAGCUCCUCCAGCCUCCAGCGGACCUGCCGAGCUGCAUCAGGCUGUGGACUCAGAUCCAUUCUCAGUGGACCUGGACCAGUACGAUGAGGUUUCUCUGACUGACGCUCUCAGAGGCUUCCUGCAGGAUCUUCCCGCCCCCAUCAUCCCUGCCACUGUCUACAGCGAGCUGGUCUACACCGCUCAAGAGAGUCAGAGUGUUGAGGAGUGCGGGGAGAGGCUGAAGAGGAUCCUGGAGUCUCCUAGCAUCCCUCAGGCCAACCACCAACUCCUGGUCCACCUCAGCAGACACCUGGCCCGGGUCAGUCAGCACAGCCAGGCCAGCCCCCGGCUGCUGGGACAGGCCUUUGCUGAGGCCGUCUUCAAGCACUCUCCUCUCAGCGCGGACGUAAACCCGGAGCAUCACAUAAGGAUGUUGGAGGCUCUGAUCACAACAGGAGGUCUCAUGGAGAUGCAGGCUGCACCAGUCCAGCGUGAGGACUAUGGCGCAUGUGCAGAUCGCCUUGGCCAGUUCAUGUCCGGCUGA